AAACAGCUAUAUUUCGGGUCCUGCGCCGCCGAGGUCAGGAGGGUGUUUGUUGCGGUGUAUCCUCCAUAUCGUCCUACACCGGCCGGUCCCUGCUGCAUUUCUGCCACUUUCCCUGUUUCACAAGUUUACAGCAACAUCAUCGACGACAGUAAUACUCGGCAAAAUGGCAGUUCCUCCAACAUAUGUAGACCUUGGGAAAUCAGCAAAGGACAUCUUCAAUAAGGGAUAUGGUUUUGGACUGGUUAAGCUGGAUGUGAAGACAAAGUCUUCAAGUGGAGUGGAGUUUAAAACUUCCGGCUCAUCCAACGUAGACACCAGCAAGGUCACUGGAACCCUGGAAACCAAGUACAAGUGGGCCGAGUAUGGGCUGACGUUCACAGAGAAGUGGACCACGGAAAACACACUUGGAACUGAAAUUUGUGUUGAGGAUCAGAUCACCAAAGGGCUGAAACUUACUUUUGACACGACAUUUUCACCAAAUACUGGCAAGAAGAGUGGCAAGGUCAAGACCGCUUACAAAAGGGAAUACCUUAAUGCAGGUGUUGAUGUAGAUUUAGAUUUCGCUGGUCCUACCAUCCAUGGAGCCGGAGUGGCCGGCUACGAGGGAUGGCUGGCUGGCUACCAGAUGACCUUUGACUCGGCCAAAUCAAAGAUGACCCAGAGUAACUUUGCAGUUGGUUACAAGACCGCAGACUUCCAGCUCCACACCAAUGUAAAUGACGGUUCAGAGUUCGGGGGAUCCAUUUACCAGAAGGUAAACGACAAACUGGAGACUGCUGUUAAUCUGGCCUGGACAGCAGGCAGCAACGGCACUCGCUUUGGAAUUGCUGCAAAAUACCAGUUAGACUCCAGUGCCUCCAUAUCAGCCAAGGUGAAUAAUGCCAGCUUGGUAGGAAUUGGAUACACCCAGACUCUCCGGCCUGGUAUGAAACUAAUCCUCUCGGCACUGGUGGAUGGGAAGAACAUCAAUGCUGGUGGUCACAAACUUGGUCUGGGCCUGGAGUUGGAGGCAUGAGGACCUGCUCUGCCAUGUCAGAGGAGAAAUAUCAGCUCACUCUGAUCCUGAGCGUUCCUGUCUCGUCAGCAACAGAUAUUUUAAAGAGCCAAAAAAGAAGCCCAGGUCUCGAGCACUGUUAAAAUGGAAACCUUUCCACCAGCCUCCUUUUUAUUGUGGUUACAAUAACUAGUCAUGUUUCAGUCACAAGUAUUUAUCAAUCCUUCUGCCAAUUUAUCCUCACUAGUGAUCGUAAAACUCUUCCUAUGGGUGCAUCAUGUCCUGGAGCGGUUUCAGAAAACAAAACUUUAUUUUGCCGAAGUGUGAUCAUGUAGAAUGUAAAUCUGUUAAUUUGCACAGUGGAAUAUAUAUCUUUAUUUAAGCUCUUUUCUCCUUUUUUGUUUUAUUUGCACAUUCUGUUUGUAUUUUUAGUAGUGAUCUGUUGGUUUACUCCCAACAAAAAUAUGCUUAUCAAGAUCUUAGCCAAUUUAGUGGCUGGUCAUCGCUCGUCUUUGUAGAGGCUUAACUGUGCUGCUGUGUGAUGAGUUUGAGACCUCCGCUACCUUAAAUAGCUGCUUUCUAAGUUGCAAGACAAUGCUACAUGGAUUUUCUUUUCCUCAGUGUGGCUUGGGUGAAAGAAUAUCUGAGUGAAUCUUCCAUUUUUCUUCCCAUUUUUGAGGACUGUGACACUAAUCAGGAAGCGGUUUGUGUGUUGGUGUGUGUGUGUCUAACCUUUGCAAUAAAUUCCUGAAACCAA